AUGAGCGCAUUUCACAGAAAACCAGCCGCUGGUGACAAUAUCACCAAGGCCUUCGCCUCCCUACCUACCUAUCCCCUCUCGCAACCUCAACCCUCACAAAUCGACCCUGGGCCAGCUGAAAUUGACAUCGGUCGCACUCCAUUCGCCAAGAAACCGCAUACUCUUACGCAGUACGGUUCUCGUCACGAACUCACCAUCCUCGACAAGAACCCUUCAAUGGAUAGUUGGAUAGCUCAUGUCAAGGCCGGCUUGUCGGCCAUAGUUCCCAUCGAAGAAUUCUUCUCUCAAUAUAUGGGGGAAAUUGAGCCUCCGGCGGAUUCCCUCGACCGCAUGGUUAAAUAUGGGGCCUCUGCCCUCACGGCAUUGCGCCGUGUUGUGAGUGGGACGGGGACUGAAUUCCGUCUCUAUAAUCCUUGGACAACAUAUCUCAAUGAAUUGAUGAACAGCUUUGACUCGAAAGAUCGCCUCUAUUUCUUCGACACCCACCGGAAAACAAUUCCUCCACUUCAUCCUACCGACCCUACAUCGCAGCCAGACGUCACCAGUGGUUUACCGGGUGCGAAAACACUCCCCGAUCAGUGGAUCAAAAUCGGUGGCACGGUUGAAAUGAAACCAAAUGACGAUGUCAUCCGACGCAAUGAUAGACUAUCGGAGGACGUAAAGCUCCUCAAAGAUCUCGUCCAGCUGCUGCAUAACGGGCGUCGCGCUAUGAUGGCUCGUCGCACCUGCUUCGCCUUCGUGGUUGCUGUCGUCAAUGGAAGGGCUCGGUUUUACCGUAUCGAUCGAACGGGUUUUAUCGUCUCUCACGACUUCGACUACACAGACCAAUCCAACGCACGUAUUAUUCCCGAAUUUUACUGGCGUCUUCUUCAUGGAGCAGAUCAACAUGGUGGCUUGUUGGGCGACGACCCCACGGUAUCUAUCCCGACACACGAAGACCUCCAACGAAUGCGUGAACCACUUCGGCAGGCGCUGGAGCGGCUCGGAGAAAAAACCAGUCACCUUGAAACUAUUUUCACGCGACAACCUCCCCUUGAACUGCAGAAUAGUGUCUGGGUAGAAAUCGAGAUAAAUGGUGAACGCAGGCGAUGUCUAACCGUUAAUGGUCCCAUUCAUCAAUCUACUGGCCUGUUUUGUCGGGGGACAAGAGUGGACUGUGUUUUACUCGAAGGCGACCCGGACCCGCAAUUCUACGUUCUCAAAGACUCUUGGCUACAAGCUUGUCGUUACCCCGAAUCAGUUUUUUACAAGCUCAUCGAUGAUUACGUCGAAAAGGAACUUAACAAUAACCGACCCCCUGGCCUUGCUACCUGCAUAGGGAGCUUGGAUCUUGGCGAUGAUGCAGACGCGGAGCGGACUGGUCAAAGAACUGUGACCGUUCGAGCGCGGAAGCACGAUCCUGUCCUCCUCAAGCACGAUCCUGCCCUCCUGGAACGACAUCACCGACGAAUACUACUGAAGGAAGUCGGCAGCUCUUUGGAUGAGCGGCCGCGGCAACGACAAAUGACCUUUCAAGUCAUUGUUUGUGCUUUGCGAGAUGCGAUUCGUGGACACGAAGUCGCUUACAAGGCUGGAGUUAUACAUCGAGACGUCAGCAUCGGCAAUGUCUUGAAAAAGAUUUUGCAACUAACGGGGUUUCUGCAUGACUUCGAUGUCAGUGCGUUGACGGAAAGUGGUGAACAGCGCUACAAGGACAUAUUCGGUGAACCCACAGGCCCUAAUCUCAACAAGAGUCUCAAAGACGUUACCGGUACAUAUCCGUUCUUGGCCAUUGAUCUGCUCGAUGCCCGAAUUCAUCAACGCCCUAUUGAGCACCAAGUCAAGCACGACUUAGAAUCUUUCUUCUAUGUUCUUGUCUGGCUUACGCUCCGACAUGGAGCUCACAUCCUGACCGACAAAGCCAAAGCGGCGGCCAAUCUCUUCGACCAGACGGAAGACCGGGUUGCCUGUGGAAUGAAAGCGGACUGGCUGACCGAGCAAUGCCAGAAGGGUGAAUCGAAUCCCAUCGUUCCGGAAAACAUACCUCUCUCCCUGCUCAUCCAACGCUUGGUUGUCAUCGUCGACAAAAGUCUCUCACGUAACAAGGUGGACCAGCAGCCCAUGCCUGCUACUCAUGAGGCUUUUCUCGAGUGCUUCGACGAUGUAUUGGCGAUGGAGUGGCCUGUCGAUGACUUUCACGAAUUCAAGGCCCCCAAUUUUGGAACUCUUCAAAGGAGCGAACGAUCAAACGCACCUGUAGCCCCGCUUUCUCGACCGUCGACCAAACCUGCCAGUGCACUGGACCUUCCCGGAGAGCACAGCUCCAGCAACGACUUUACACCAUCCGCUCCUCAAACUGGCGCUGAUGACAUUUUCUUUGCACCUUCUGAGGCUUCACGCCCUGGGACCAGCAACUCGUGGCUGAAGAGAAGAUACGAGGAGGCCGUCCUAUCGGAUGACAGUGUCAGCGAUGACGAUGGUGAGCUGGAGAUGACAGCAGAUGAAAAGAAGGAGUACGAAGAAUUGGAGAAACGACGCCUGGCGGCCGAAAAGGAAGCUCAGGAGGUCAGAGCGCUGACAAGAAAGUUCAAGCGAGCGGCCAAACGAGCGCGCAUUGGAACAGCGCAAUUUACUGCAUCCCCAUCUCGAGGCGCAGAGUAG